AUUAAGGAAUUACAGUUUGACAGCCAGGAGGAUGAGCGUUUGCUGCAGGCCUCAGAGAGGUUUGAGCGGGAGGCGGCAGGGGGCCACCCGGACCGACCGUGCAUCACCACCGUCAUCGACCUCAACGGGAAGACGGUGUUCGUCACGCGGUACAUCCGACCUCUCAACCCCCCGCAGGAGUUGCUGGACGCAUUCCCCGACAACUCGCAGGAAGCCGCGGCCCUGGUUGCCAGGUUUGUCUCGCUCGUCCCCUCUCUGCCGGACAGAGUCUCGUUCUCCGGGGCCUGUGACCUGUGGAGCACCUGUGAUCAAUUCCUCACCCUCCUGGCGGGAGACGAAGAAGAACACGCCGUGCUCUUGUGCAACUACUUCCUGUCUAUGGGCAAGAAAGCCUGGCUGAUUAUUGGCACAGCUAUACCAGAGGGACCCACAGCAUACGUCCUGACCCUCGAGCAGAACCGCUACCUGAUCUGGAAUCCCAGCAGCGGUCAGUACUACGGACAGCACGACACAUUCUGCCCUCUGCAAAUAGUCGGCUGCCUGGUCAACGCCGACAAUGUGUGGUUCAACGUUCAAGAAUAUACGUCACCGAUGUCGAUGAGUUUCGACACCACGAAAGCCAGUUUGUGGAAGCCGUUUUUCUCCCGAUCCUUCUCUCACCCCGGCCUGUCCAGUGUACAGCCAGAGGAGCUGGUGUAUCGGCGCACGGACAAAGCCGCUGCAGCAGAGCUUCAGGACAGAAUUGAGAAGAUCCUGAAGGAGAAGAUCAUGGAGUGGCGCCCUCGUCACCCGACCCGCUGGAACCGCUACUGCACCACCACCCUGAAACAGUUCCUGCCCAAACUGGAGCAGAGCGGGGGGCGGGACGUGGCCGAGGGGCAGCGCCACGAGCUGCAAAGCAUGCUGGGGGACAACAGGAUUUCAGGGUUCCCCCUGCAUCUGCCGUUCUCUGAGAUCCAGCCCAUCGUGGAGGCGGUGUACAGCACUGGAGUGCACAACGUUCACGCAGCGAAUGUGGAGUUCGCCCUGGCCGUGUACGUGCACCCGUACCCUAAUAACGUCCUGUCCGUGUGGGUGUACCUGGCCUCGCUCGUGCGCUCAUGAGAUCGCUGCACUUCACUGACUGUUUUUAUAUAAAUGAGCUUUAUUUAAAAUGACUUUACACACCAUUGCCACACUAUUGUGUAUAUUUCAAAACGUCUGUAGGUUUUGAAAUAUAUUGAGAUUGUGACGUCGAUAUUAAAUAACCCAGAAUAUGAUUAUUGUUUCUCUUAAAUGAUAAAACUCAUCAAACCCGACAAUCAGGAAUGA